CCCACAUGAUUACUGACAUCAGAUGUUGCAUCACUUCUCUUAAAUUGCAGAACUUCCAACUGCCACAGAUCGUCAUUUUUUUGAAAGUUGCUUUGACUAAAGUCAUUCAUUUGUCUUUAUGUUCUGUUUUGCUUUUAAAUAUGAGUAUUUAUCUAUCUAAAUCAGGUGAAUCGAAAGCGUGCUGGAUCUCUCGCUUAAAACAAGUGACAUUUCUGGAUAUGUUUUUCGGAUUUCUCUUGUUGGCUGACCAUUCAUGGGGGUUCAGUAUAGAGACGCUGCGUCCCAGAGUUUUCACAGCGCCUGUGAAAGGCUCACAUUUUGGUCAUAAGGUUUGUCAUUUUGGCCCAACGCAAGAAGACAGUGUGUUGGUGACGGCCCCUCUCCUUGAUAAUGGCACUGGAGGUAUUUACAGGUGUUCUUACAGUGGUCAUCAAUGUUCACAACUCCCUGUAAAAGUUGAUCCAGGCAUUGCUUUCGGCUUGUCCCUCGCCUGUGAUGCCCAUCAAGCAAUUGCAUGCGGUCCUCGUUUAAUGCAUAAAUGUGAGGGGUUUAAUUAUCUCAAUGGUCAAUGUGUUGAGAUAAGUCCUCACUUAUCUGUGGCUGACACACUGAAGCCUGCUUUCCAAGAAUGUCACGUUAUUCCCCCACUGGAUGCUGUUAUUCUGUUUGAUGACUCUGGCAGUAUCUCCGAUGAGGAUUUCAAAAUGAUGAUCAAAUUCAUCAAGAACUUGAUUGGCUUGUUCUUGGACACAAAAGCCCAGGUUGCUGUGGCGAAAUUCUCUACCAGAGUGUCAGCUGUCUUUCACUUUGAGAACUUUGCAGUGAAUCCAGACCCCGAUGAGCUAAUGAAAUAUGUGACGCAGGCAAAGGGCGACACACACACUCCUUCUGCUAUACGCUUUGUGUUAGAUCAGAUGUUUUCUGAGAAGGUGGGCAUGAGGAACAACUCUCAGAAGUUAUUGCUGGUGAUCACUGAUGGAAAGUCAAACGACAAUGAAACUUUUGAAAAUGUCAUCCCCAUAGCCAUUGAACGAGGCGUUAAGAGAUUUGCCCUUGGGGUUGGUAAGGCGUAUUCUCUCUCUGAGCUGGAGAAAAUCGCUUCCUCUCCUCAGUUUGUGUUCGAGACAGUGAGUUUCAGCGCUCUCAUCUCAAUUCUAAGUCAGCUGAGGGAAAAAAUAUUCUCCAUUGAAGGGACUGACACAGGGAAUUUCAGCUCUUUUCAGAUGGAAUUGUCACAGGGCGGCUUAAGUGUGGCCCUCUCUAAGGGUUUGAAGUUGUUUGGAGCAGUUGGGGCAUACUCAUGGUCAGGAGGGAUUGUGCAGGAUCUUACUCAUCAACUAAUUAAUUCUUCAUUUAUUAAUGCCACAAAAACAGAGGAGGACAUCCGCGACUCAUAUCUGGGUUACUCUGUAGCUGUGGCGACAGUAAAUGGUGAUGUUGUGUACUUUGCUGGGGCGCCAAGACAUAGACACAAGGGUCUGGUGCUGGGGUUCACACAAAACCAUCAGAACCAUGGCUGGACCGUCUCGCACAGGAUAUACGGAUCACAACUGGGCUCGUAUUUUGGAGCAGAGUUGUGUGUGUUGAGUGUUUCUGGGUUGUUAGCAGUCGGGGCUCCUCUAUUUUAUGCUCAUGGAGUGGGAGGAGAGGUCCGGAUUUGCCCGCUAAACACUGAGACACUGAACUGCUCCAUGUUUCUCCGUGGAGCAGUGGGGAACGAUUUUGGCCAGUUUGGUGCUUCUCUGGCCGCUCUACAGGACCUGAAUGGAGACAGCCUUGAAGAGUUGGCAGUGGGGGCACCUCAGGAAGAGAAGGGCAAUGGGGCAAUUUACAUUUUCUUGGGACGACCGGGAGGUAUCAGAAAAGAAUACAGUCAGAGAGUGAGUGGAUCAGCAGUAGGCCGUGGGCUGCAGUAUUUUGGAGUAUCUGUUCACUCUGCAGGUGAUCUGACUGCCGACUCUCUCACCGAUGUAGUGGUGGGAUCUAGAGGUGCUGUUACUGUACUCAGAACUCAGCCGGUCAUGUGUUUGCCCAUAAACGUCACAGUUGACCCGCCAAUCAUUCCUCAGAAAUUCUUCCAUUGCUCCGCUCCCCUCGGCCUCAACAGUUCUGUCGCCACACUUACCAUUUGUGUCACCUUGAAGGAGGUUAUCAAGUGUAAUAUACAAGAUCCUCUCACUGCUGUGGUAUCAGUGGCUCUGAAGCUGGACUCUCAGCUCAGGGCCCCUCGGUUGUUGUUCGGUCCCAGGUCAGCCUCCUUCUUCUGGACCCCCAGCAGCAACCUCACCACUACUUCUCCUGUCUGCACUACUCUCUCCAUCAGCAUCCCAGAGUGUAUAUCAGACUACCAUGAGGUUCCUCUCUCAAUAAGGAUGAAUGUAACAGGAAAAUUGAUUCCAGGAACAGGAGGCCUGAGACCAGUGCUGAGCCCUGACUGCCACCCUACAUUCACAGGGAUGGUGCUUCUGGAGAAGGUGUGUGGGGAAGAUCAUGUGUGUGUAUCGGACUUAAAUGUUUCUCUCUCUUUUGUGAGUGAUACAGUGGUGAGCACUGCAGGUUACCCUGUUAAUCUCUUAGUGGAGUUGACCAAUAAUGGAGAAGAUUCCACAGACACUGAACUAUUCCUUCAGCAUCCCACCAUCCUGUCCUUCACCCGUGUCAAAGCGUCUAGUGGACAGGUGUUGUGUGUGUCCAAUCAGACUGAGCUCUCAAACCUCACACGCACAACAUGCCGGCUUGCAAGAACUUUCCGCCAGAGAGCGAAGACCACAUUAUUGAUGUCAUUUAUAGUAUCUACACCUGUAGCUGUAAACAAGCGCUUGGUUGUGAAUGCAUUAGUCAAAAGUAAAAAUGAGAACAAUGACACAACGCAAGACAAUCUCGCAACUGCAUCCGUGGUCGUUAAACUUCCUAUUAAUGUUGUGGUGAGAGAUGGAGGCUCAACACGAUUUGUGAGAUAUCCUCACAGCACACAGCUUGAACAUGAAUAUAUGGUUGAGAACAAUGGACAAUUGUCUGUACCUGUGAAUAUUUCCUUCGUGUUGCUGGAGAAGUUGGGGUUAGGGUUCUCAUGGAGCUUGACUCUACCUGAAAUAAAUGGAACUGGUGUGAACUGUGAAAAGCAAGGUCUACCCAAAAAUGUUAAAAGCUCCAAUAUGAUAUCGCAUUGUGAUGUAUCUACAUGUCAUGUGAUUGGUUGCACUAUUCAUCUGUUGACUCGUGAUACACCAAUCAACUUUGUGUUUACUGGGAAUAUCAGUUCAGGCAAGCAGGUGAGAGGUUUGCAGGUUAGCAUCAGGAGUUGGGGAUUUCUCUUGUUUGACAGUGAGCAGUUCAUCCAGUAUCCCCCCGAUGACUCUCAGCAGCUUUCUAUUGUCACCGAGUUGGAGGUCCCAUCUCAGGCCCUGGCAGUACUCAUUGCCUCAUUGUCUGUCAGCUUUGGACUCAUCGCUUUGGCGAUCGUCUUUGUGGUGCUCUACAAGAAGGGUUUCUUCAAAAAGUCUUCGCCUGAUGACCUACACAACCUUGUGGUGACAUCUAGUGGUGAGCAUGAACUUAAUACAGUCAACGGUGACCAAACUACAACACAAGUCCCUGCUGAGUCUGCUGGUGCGAGUGCUACAUCUAAUGGAGGAGCUGAACAAAUCACUGCAGAGAAGCCAGUACUGUAGUUCAAGCUGACCGGACUGCUUAUUCUAGAGAAGACUGAGGAAUAACCAUUAUUACCUGCUUUCAUUGUUCAGACAGAGUUCCAACAGUCUGGAAAAAGCCCUGGAAGAAAUGUCCUGUGUCCCUUUAUCUUUUGAGAUAAAGUAGUUUGAUGUACUAUGAAAAUAUGGUAACUUUCAGAACUCAAAAGUAGUCAAAAAUGACUAUUUAAUUAAACUAUACUGCAAAAUGUUUUAGAACUAACGUAGCUUUUUGGCAAUAGGUGCGUGAAUACAUAAUCACAUUAACUUCGUUGCUUCAGUGAUGCUCAUUGAAACCUGUUCCAGUCACAGUGAGGCAAUAAAGAGAAAUCCCAGUAGAUAUUAUUAUUGAUAAAUAUCAGAAGAACUAACGAUAAGAUUAAAAUGUAUGAAAUUUCACCAAACCUUGAGCUGUUCCUGGCUGUGUGUAGCACCUGCAGCUUUGUGUAUACUCUUGAAGGAUCCCAACUUAAGUAGUGAAAUUAUUAUUAUUAUUAUUAUUUUACCAAGGUCCCUGAUAAUUUUAGACCGAUCUUAACUGUUAAUGCAGCACAUUUCAGCACAAACUGUUUUAUGAAUCUGUCACAAUGUGAAGCAGGCAUUGCAAAGAGACUGUUAUUAAAGGAUGGGGCAGUUAAACACUAUAUUGAACCCAAUGAUAAGACCGCUGCCCAUGUGUGAGUGGACCAAAGCACAGUAGAACAUUUCAAAGGUGAAGGGGGUGUUUCUUGCAUAAAACUGAUCUGUUUAAUCCUAAUAAUCAGAGGGCUAAAGAUAGUUAUGGACAGACUAAGUUACGACCAUCAAAUAUAACUUUUAACAUACACUCACCAGGCACUACUUAUUCGUGUGAUUAUCUAAUCAGCCAAUCAUGUGGCAGCAGUGCUAUGCAUAAAAUCAUGCAGAUAUGGGUCAGGAGCUUCAGUUAAUGUUCACAUCAUCCAUCAGAAUGGGGAAAAAACGUGAUCUCAGUGAUUUCGACUGUGGCAUGAUUGUUGGUGCCAGACGGGCUGAUUUGGGUAUUUCUGUAACUGCUGAUCUCCUGGGAUUUUCACUCACAACAGUCUCUAGAGUUUACUAAGAAUGGUGCCAAAAACAAAAAAACAUCCAGUGAGCAGCAGUUUUGCAGAUGGAAAUGCCUUGUUGAUGAGAGAGGUCAACAGAGAAUGGCCAGAUUGGUUCGAGCUGACAGAAAGUCUACGGUAACUCAGAUAACCACUCUGUACAACUGUAGUGAGCAGAAUAGCAUCUCAGAACGCACAACAUGUCAAACCUUGAGGCAAAUGGGCUACAACAGCAGAAGACCAUGUCGGGCACUUUAUUAGGACCAUAUUUCCUUACAAAAUGAUCAGUGAGCGUAAGUGGACCUCAGGAAUAAAUACAUUUAAAAAAACCUUUAAAGCCAAAAUGUCAUGUUCAUAUGCAUUUUUUACUUUAUUUGCUUUGGAUAUAACUGGGCACUGUGCCAUUUUGUAAUGUGAACCACAAAUAUUCAAAGAGAAUACCGUGACGAUUUCAAAAGUUUUUACAUGCAUUAAAUGCAAUUUUACAAUUGUAAAACAAACGUGAAAAAGAUUUUAUUUCCUGCAGCCCAUUUUUAUUAAUAGAGGUCAAAUUAAAUACACAGAUGAACGUGCAAAAAUGAAAUAAAAUGUUACAUGAUUUGA